AUGCUACGUACCUGCUUGCAGACGGAUGCGGCGCUGAUGUACGACGCAGUGCAUGUGGUGGCGGUGGCGGUGCAGCAGUCGCAGCAGAUCACCGUCAGCUCCCUGCAGUGCAAUCGCCACAAGCCGUGGCGCUUUGGAAGCCGUUUCAUAAACCUCAUCAAAGAGGCUCACUGGGAUGGUUUGACAGGACGUGUUCUCUUCAACAAGACCAAUGGACUGAGAACAGAUUUCGAUCUAGAUGUUAUCAGUCUGAAGGAGGAAGGCCUGGAAAAGAUUGGAACAUGGGAUCCUCCCAGUAGUCUGAAUAUGACAGAAUCUCACAAAAGCAAGACAUCCAACAUCACCGACUCUCUGGCUAACAAAUCCCUGCGUGUAUCCACUAUACUGGAGGAGCCGUAUGUGAUGUUCAAGAAGUCUGACAAGCCUCUGUAUGGGAACGAUCGCUUUGAGGGCUACUGUAUCGACCUGCUGAGGGAACUCUCCGGCAUCCUGGGCUUCCGAUAUGAGGUGCGAUUAGUGGAAGAUGGGAAGUAUGGAGCACUUGAUGAGAGCACAGGCCAGUGGAACGGCAUGGUGCGCGAGCUCAUGGACCAUAAAGCUGACCUUGCUGUUGCUCCUUUGGCCAUCACCUACGUCCGGGAGAAAGUCAUCGACUUCUCGAAGCCCUUUAUGACACUUGGGAUAAGUAUUCUGUACCGCAAGCCCAACGGCACCAACCCUGGGGUCUUCUCCUUCCUCAACCCACUCUCACCUGAUAUCUGGAUGUAUAUUCUGCUGGCUUGCUUGGGUGUCAGUUGUGUGCUGUUUGUCAUAGCCAGGUUUAGCCCCUAUGAAUGGUACAACCCACAUCCGUGCAACCCAGACUCGGACGUGGUGGAAAACAAUUUCACGCUGCUCAAUAGUUUCUGGUUUGGAGUUGGGGCUCUCAUGCAGCAAGGCUCGGAGCUCAUGCCCAAAGCCCUGUCAACUCGAAUAGUUGGAGGCAUCUGGUGGUUCUUCACCCUCAUCAUCAUUUCCUCAUACACAGCCAACUUGGCUGCUUUCCUCACCGUGGAGAGGAUGGAGUCGCCCAUAGACUCUGCUGAUGACCUGGCCAAACAAACUAAAAUCUUGUACGGGGUGGUGGAGGACGGUGCCACAAUGACAUUCUUCAAGAAGACUAAAAUCUCCACCUACGAUAAGAUGUGGGAGUUCAUGAACAGCAGGAGGCAAUCUGUGAUGGUGAAGAACAUGGAGGAGGGCAUCCAGCGCGUUCUGACCUCUGACUAUGCCUUCCUCAUGGAGUCCACCACCAUUGAGUUUGUCACCCAGCGCAACUGCAACCUCACACAGAUUGGAGGCCUCAUAGACUCCAAAGCUUAUGGAGUGGGAACGCCUAUGGGCUCCCCAUACAGAGACAAGAUCACAAUAGCCAUUUUGCAGCUGCAAGAGGAAGGCAAACUGCACAUGAUGAAGGAGAAGUGGUGGAGAGGCAACGGCUGUCCCGAGGAGGAGAGCAAGGAGGCCAGCGCUCUGGGAGUGCAGAACAUCGGGGGGAUCUUCAUCGUGCUGGCUGCAGGGCUGGUGCUGUCGGUGUUUGUUGCUGUGGGGGAGGUCCUGUACAAGUCCAAACAGAACGCCCAGCUGGAAAAGCGAUCGUUCUGCAGCGCCAUGAUGGAUGAGCUGCGCGUCUCUCUGAAGUGCCAACGCCGUCUGAAACAAAAGCCUCAGCCGCCCGCCAUCGUCAAGACAGAGGAAGUCAUUAACAUGCACACGUUCAACGACAGGAGACUCCCAGGAAAGGAAACCAUGGCAUGAACGCUGACAGCACCCCGAGCAAACCCCUCAAUAGCCGUCACGGAGGGGGAAGACAGGGGUCAAAUUAAUGCUGACUUAACUACAGACUGAGGUUAGCAGGACAAACAGGAUUCCUUUUGAACCCACUUGCUUAUGUAGACAGAUGUUUCCUGUGGAAAUGUAGAUACCCGAGCAGUGUCACCUCACUGUGACAUUUACUUCUUGAAGGGAGCGGAAAACUGCGGACUUUUUGGGCUGGGCUGUCAACUGAAGCAGGUCCGAGUAAGUUUGUGACAACAACAAAAAAAAAGUAACAAUAAUUUAAAAAAAUAUAUUAGUCUGGUCUAUACCAGAAGUGAAUUUAAACACACAAACACUUGUAAACACACGCACACACUCACAUUCUUAUUAUACACCUUUUAACUCUCGUGCUUAAGGGAAAACUCUGUUCGGACGGUGAAUUAAAAAAAAAAACAGUGGUAGUUUUUUCCGUUGCCGUCAAAGCCCUUUUUUUUUUUGUCUUACCUUCACGUGUGUGGCCCAAUCAGUCCCUCCCGCAGUGGCUUGAGUAUAAUUUAUACGAAAACACUAAUCUCAC